GCGACUGUGAGAGGCCGUUCAGCUGAUCCACCAUUAUCGCGGCCGGCCACCGAGACUCACCUCUCCCUUUACACUGAAAAUGUUCCGUUCAGCACUUACACGGGUCAGCCAUGUUGCUAGGUCCUCUAUGCUUGAUACCUCGGCCAGGGUUCCUGCAGCAACAGUGAGCCGCAACAUGUCUAAGCACUCCACAGAAACUGAUGCAGAGUUGGAUGCUCGAUAUGAAGCCUAUUUCUCUAGGCCAGACAUUGAUGGGUGGGAAAUUCGCAAGGCCAUGAAUGACUUGUGUGGUAUGGAUUUGGUACCUGAACCUAAGAUUGUUAUUGCUGCCCUGAAGGCCUGCAGGCGCAACAAUGAUUUUGCUUUAGCAGUUCGCUUUUUGGAGGCUGUCAAAGAGAAAUGUGGUGGUAGAGUGAAGGAAAUUUACCCUUACAUUCUUCAGGAGAUAAACCCAACCCUGCAGGAACUUGGCAUCAAUACUCCAGAAGAAUUGGGAUAUGACAAGCCUGAGCUCGCCCUUGCUAGUGUUUAUGAAUAAAUAAUCCUGAGCUCAUCAGUUUCUUAGUGAUAAGUGGUGAGAAAAUAUUUCCAUUGAGUGCAGUGAUGAGCAGGAGCCUGAAAAGUGCUUGUUGAUUAUUUUUGUUCAACUCUGACAAGAACAUGAUAAACAGUCACAUGAUAUUUAAAUGUACACCCCAAUUAAUUGGGAAAAUUCUUCUAUGCCGUGUGAAGAAAAUGUGAUUAAUUUGUACAGAUAGAGAGUUCUCCGGAUCUAAUUUACUUCACAAAUAUAUAAUGUACAGAUG